ACGAGGUAGUCGAAAGGGGAGGGCGUGAGAGACGUAGCCCCCUGAAACCCGCACCCAGGGGCUCUCCAGGUUGCGGCAGCCACGCCACGAAAGGGGCUCUGCUCCUGUGAUCCUCCCCUUCGCCGCCUCCUCCUUUCCUUCCUUCCUUCCUCCUCCCACUUUUCCUGCACGAAGCAGCAGCAGCAGCCAUCCUUCGCCCUCUGUCAUCUGGGGAGGAACCAUCUGGGAGGAACUGCCUCCCUGGAGGCUGGGCUGCUGCAAAGCUCGAAUCCCCCCCCCUUCCCAAUACACACGCACACACAUACACACACACCCUUCCCGGGCGGAGGAUGCGCGCCUUCCCGCCAGCAGCCAGGCUGCAGAGGAGGAGCCCGAGCCGCAGGUAAGCUCGCCUGUGCCCGGCUCCGGUGCAUGGCAUUGGAGAGGGGGGCUGCGCCCGGAGGGGGAUGCGUGGGCUUCUCCGGGGCACUCAUGAGCAGAGGGGCCACCCUGCAGCGGCGGACCACCUACCUCAUCUCCCUGACUCUGGUCAAGCUCGAGUCGGUGCAGCAGCAGCAGCCGCCCGAGGAAGAGGAGGAGGAGAAGGGGAAGGCGCCCGGCGAUGGGGAAGGAGAAGGGGAAGGGGCCCGCCCGGCCUCCCCGGCGCUGAGGGAGCCCCCCGCCAAGCCCAAGCGGCAGGAGCGCGUCUUCCACCGCCAGGAUGCCCUCUGGAUCAGCACCGGGGGCGGCGGCGGCGGCGGCGGCGCGCCCGACUACCUGCUGCAGCUCUCGCCGGGCACGCCCAGCUCCUCGCCCUCCCCCGACCAGAGCAGCGCCCUCUGGAGUGGCCCUUGGGGCCCCAAGCCCGCCCCGGCCCCCAAGCCCGCCCUCAGCCCCGACGCGCCGCCCGCCAUCGCACCCAAGCCCGACAUCCUGGGGCCUCCUCUGCGCCCCAAACCCGAGGGAGUGGGAGUGGGCCUCCCCCUUGCGCCAGCCGUGCCCCCCAAACCCGAGGCCUUGGUGCCUAAAAGCGACCGGGCAGCACCCAGGCUGGACCCCAGUGUCCUCUCCAAUAUGGCCCCCGCUUUGGCCCCCAAACCCGACCCUGUGGUCCCCUUGAUCGCCCCCACGGUGCCCCCCAAGCCGGAGACACCCUUGACCUCUCUCUUUGUUUCCUCCGUACCCAAACCUGAGGUCUCUUCUGUGGCCCCCAAAGUGGACUUCGCUCUAAUUUCAUCAGCUCCAGCAGUGGCGCCAAAGCCCAAAGCGAUCAUGGUCCCGGUGCUUCCCCCUCUGCCCCCCAAGCCAGACCUGGGCCUCAUCCCUGCCAAGGAAGCCUUGGAGCCGCCUGGAGAUGAGGAGCAUGAGGAGCCCUUGCCUGCUCCCACCACUGCCAGUUGCUCCUCCAGUGCUGCGGCCCCUGGACGUCGUAUGUUGGUCAGCCACGCCAGCUGGGGGGGUCCUGAGCCAGGCCCCUUGGAACUGAGUGUGGGCCGUGUUGGGGGUUCUUCGUUCUCCCACUCGGGGGCUUCGUCUCCUCACCCAGCCGCUGGGAACCGCCGUCUUCGCUUGGCCACCAACAAGCCCUUCAAAACCGUCACCACCAGCGGGGUCAAGAUGAGCGUGGAGUCCAAGGCUGGCAAAGGAGGCCACAAAGGGGGCACCCCCAACCGCCUUUCCUGGCCAGAGAGCGAGGUCAAGGGCCGCAUGAAGGUCACGGUCAAGGGAAGCGGGGAGACGGUGCCCAGAGGGGGCUCACGGGCCAAGUUGUCCCCUCACAAAAACAAAAGCAAGACUCUGGACAACAGCGACCUCAACCAUGGCCCAGUUAGCUUAGUCUCUUCAGGCUCGUGCUCUUCUGAAGCGUCGGUCGGGUUGAAGAGAGGCCGGGAGGGUGGCCGGGCCUCGACUCGUGACCGUAAAAUGCUCAAGUUCAUCAGUGGCAUCUUCACCAAGAGCCCUGCGUCCACCCCCACCCACCCUGGGCCUGGCUGGAGCCUGAGCCAGAAGGAGCUGCUCAGCGUGGAACUGGCCAAGGGAGAGUUGCCCAAAGCUGUUGCAAACAGCCAAGAAUGGACUCUCAGCCGCACCAUUCCCGAACUACGACUUGGCAUCCUUGGGACCAUCAAGAGUGGGAAGUCUGCACUUGUGCAUCGCUAUCUGACUGGUUCCUACUUGGGCCUCGAACCUACCGAGGGGGGGCAGUUUAAGAAGGAAGUGGUGGUGGAUGGACAGAGCCAUCUCUUGCUGAUUCGAGAGGAAGCAGGGCCUCCUGAUGCCAAGUUUGCAAACUGGGCAGAUGCCGUUAUCUUUGUCUUCAGUCUGGAGAACGAGGCCAGUUUUCAAGAACUGACUCAGUACUAUGGGCUUGUCACGAACUACCGUGCUGUCUCAGACAUGGCUCUUGCACUUGUGGGCACUCAAGACAAAAUCAGCGCUAACAACCCACGUGUGAUUGAAGAUUCCCGAGCACGGGCUCUGUGCACUGAAAUGCGCCGAUGUCUCUACUAUGAGACAUGUGCUACUUAUGGGCUCAAUGUUGAUCGUGUUUUUAGUGAAGUUUCCCAGAAAAUUGUGAAUAUGAAGAAACAACAGCAACUCCUGGCAUCUUGCAAAUCUCUGCCCAGCACUCCCAGCCAUUCAGCUGUCUCUACACCGGCAAGUAACGGUGGUCACACGAGCGACUACUCCUCAUCUCUGCCUUCCACACCAAACAUCAGCCACCGGGAGCUGCGUGGGGAGGCCUCAGCUAUUAUCGGUACACCAAGCUCUCUGCACCGUGGGACCAAGCGGCGAACCAGCCUUUUUGCUAAUCGCAGAGGGAGCGAUACUGAGAAGCGAAGCUUGGACAGCAGAGGUGAAAGCACUGGAAGUGGCCGAGCCAUACCCAUCAAACAGAGUUUUUUGCUGAAACGAAGUGGCAACUCUUUAAACAAGGAGUGGAAGAAAAAAUAUGUGACUCUGUCCAGCAACGGGCUUCUCUUCUACCACCCCAGCAUUAAUGAUUAUAUCCAUAGUACACAUGGAAAAGAAAUGGACUUACUCCGCACCACUGUCAAGGUGCCUGGCAAACGCCCACCAAGAGCCAUUUCCGCCUGUGGUGCCUCCUCAAGCAUCAAUGGCUUGGUUAAAGAUGUGAGCAGUGUUGGAGUCGGAGACGCAACUAGCCCUAGUCCAGGAUUGCUAAAUCCUCCAACCGACCCAGCAAUCAAGCUCUUGGGCAAACCUGAGCGCCUACAGCGCUCUGUGUCUUCCUCCAAGGCUGAGGUGGCUAUGGCUGCCGAAGGGCUAUCCAGUCCUGGCAGUGGUGGCAAAGACCCACCUCCAUCCCCUAUGGUUGACAGAAAGAAACACAGGCGGAAGAAGCUGUCAACACCAUCAAAAACUGAGGGGUCAGCAGGCCAGGCAGAAGCCAAGCGUAAAAUGUGGAAAUUAAAAACCUUUGGUAGUUUAAGAAAUAUUUAUAAAACAGAGGAAGAAAACUUUGAGUUCAUCAUAGUCUCCAGCACAGGGCAGACCUGGCACUUCGAGGCCAGCAGUUUCGAGGAGAGGGAUGCCUGGGUCCAGGCGAUUGAAAGCCAGAUUUUGGCCAGCCUGCAGUGCUGUGAGAGCAGCAAAAACAAGGCUCGGAUGGACAGCCAGAGUGAAGCAGUUGCAAUCCAAGCCAUCCGCAAUGCCAAAGGCAACUCCCUAUGUGUAGACUGUGGAGCUCUGAACCCAACCUGGGCCAGUCUGAACUUGGGGGCACUGAUCUGCAUUGAGUGUUCUGGUAUCCACCGAAAUCUGGGAACACACCUGUCUCGGGUGCGCUCCCUCGACUUGGAUGACUGGCCUCUGGAGCUCACGCUGGUGCUCACCUCCAUUGGCAAUGAGACAGCCAACAGCGUCUGGGAGAAGUGUACGCAGGGGCGCCGGAAACCCACCUGCGAAUCAUCACGGGAGGAGCGGGAAUCAUGGAUUCGAGCCAAAUAUGAGCAGCGGCUGUUCCUGGCCCCACUGCCCCACUCUGAACUGUCCUUGGGGUGCCAGCUUUUCCAGGCCGUGAUGGACCAAGAUCUGGAUGCUGUGCUGCUGUUACUGGCUCACAGUUCCAAGGAACAGAUCAACACUCCCACUGGAGACAAGGACCGGCGAUCAGCCCUGCAUUUGGCCUGUGACCUAUCGAACGUGGUCAUCACCCAGCUUCUGGUCUGGUAUGGCUCUGAUGUGAAGGCCCGUGAUGCCGUGGGGCACACAGCACUCUUCUACGCCCGCCGAUCUGCAAGCCAGGAGUGCAUCGACAUCCUCUUGCAGCACGGUUGCCCAAAUGAAGGCUACAGUACUAUCGCCACCCCCGGCCUGCGCCGGAAGAGCAGCAGCGCCAGCGUGGGAAGGACCGAGGCCCGAACUGCCCUGGUGUAGCAUGCCAGGGGGGAGCCUCUUCCCCAUCCCAGUGGUGCCAAUCGGGGUGCAGUAACUGAUGCCUCCUCUCCAUAGGGAGACUCCACUUCCUCAUGGCAUCUGGACCAAUAGGCCAUGAAGCUUGGAUCAUGACCUCCUGUCAUGAACAGGACGUGGUGGCUGCCAUCCAGAGUCCUGCUCCAACGGCUCUGCUUAGCACAGGCUGCUGCCGCUACAGCCUCCAGGACUGCCUCAGUGGCUCACAGCUCUCCCGACUGCCAGACCUUGAGAUGAUCUGCCACUCUUCGGGGCAACAGCCAUCUCCCCAGGCAGGCCACUGAAGACGCCUGCCGGGAUCCAAAAGCAAUGUGUCCCAGCACUCAGCAGGGAGGAGCAGGGCUCAAGACAGUUUUGUCAUCUUCCCAGUUUAUGGGGGACUUUAGGAAAUGAGGGGGCAAGCAGUUAUUUGGGUUUUUUCCCUUUCUUUCUGUGUUUGUAACAAUCUUUGAAGGUGGAAUGUAAAUCAGUGUUAUUGGAAUGGUCGGUGACCAGUCUUCAACAAACCAGCUUGAAGUGGGCCAGAAAGUACAAGGGGGAGAGACAGCUGAAAAAGCCUUGAAGGUCUUGUGUUGAGGGUGAAGGGACAUAAGGCUCAAGACGGAGUCUUGCGUCCAUUCUCUUGGCUUAAGUGAGCCCUUCUUCUUAAUUCUGCUCACCUCAUUUAUCUCUGGGUUCAAGGUGCUGGGCUUAUUGAGUGCAAUCAAGUUGUGGGAAUGCAAGAAGGUCCUGUUUACUUUCCCUUCCCUCAUUUUCCAGGAGACACCUGCAGAGGUGAAGGCAAAGACAAACUUACGCCAUGAUGGACGAACAAAGGAGAUAGCUUAGCUGGGAAAAAUCAAGCCUCCUGCAUUCUGCUGCCCAUCUUCUGUCAUCAGCUGGGUUUUCUUUUUCAGCAAUAUGGGGAAGAUGAGAAAUCUAGGUCUUUCUGACUCUGGAGGAGGAGAAACUCUAUGCCAGGAAGCCAGGCGUAUCCUAGUGAUAAAAAACAAACUCCUGUUCUUCUAGGGAAAGGGCAGACUCCCUGUUUAGCUCCUAGAGCAUUUUAUUUCAUUCCUUGGGGAGGAUAUCUGUUCUGAACAUUUGUUUUGUGACACAUUUGUCUCUGACUGACAUUUAGAGAAGCUAUAGUACAGGCCACCAGCAUAACACGUUCCCACGCAGUCCAGGGCAUGGGAGGCUUGGCUGUGCGUGUUAGGCCAAGACUCAUCAGCAAGUGCGCCACGGCUGCAUUUGAUCCAAACUUGCCUCUCCCUAAGGCAGACUCAGGAUCACUCUGUUGUCACCUGGCAGCAGCACACACGUUCCUUAUUCAAACUGCACUGAAACACAUUCCUUCUGCCAACUCUCCUCGGGCGUCUGGACCUGAGCCUUGCACUGAAAUAAAUAAAGACAUCUCUCUCUCUAUAUAUAUAUAUAUAUGAUUAUGCUCCACUGAAGGCCUAAGGAGGUUGCCAUCUCCUUGUUACUCUUCUAAAUCUUUCACCUUUGCAAGUAGUUUAAAGAGGCAGCUAAAAUAAGCAACUGGUGGCUGGGCUGCAAGGGUCAGAACCGUCCUGUGAUAAGACACUGGGCAUCUCUUGGGGGACUCAACGGGCACCGCCUCAUUUCGAUGCUGAGCAUCCAGCCCAAAAUAUGAGGUGGUGUUCCUGUGAGCAACACAGGCCCUGGCUUUUAAAUCAAUUCUUUUUCACUGAAAGAUGGUUUGUAAAAAGCUCCUUUUCUCACCCACCCUGUAAGGAUGUCUAUCCAUUUUUGACUACUGUUUCUGUUUUAAUUUAUUGCUUCAUUUGAAGAGCCAGGGGCAGAAAAAGGAUAAAAUCCUUCUCUGGCUUGGCAGCUCUCCUGGUGCAAGUGUUUACAAGCCUCCUGCCCACUGCUGCGGCAAAGGCAUCUGUGUGGUUGUGAUGUGGUCUCAGGCUUUAUUUCAAAUCUGUGAUCAGGGUAAUAAUGCAGUGAGUUCCCUCUCCUACUCUCUUCUUGGACCAACCUGGUUGGGGAAGGAUAAAAUCCCUGCAGUGUCUGUCCCUGAUGCUGUGCUCAGUUCAAAUCCAGCCUGCCUUUAUUCCUCAGGGCUCUGGCUUUCUACUUGCCAGAGCCAAGUGUGUCAGCAAGGGGCAUGAGUCCACAAAGGCCACAUCGCCUAAGAGGCCUCAGGCCUUUUUGGCCCUUCUGAAUUGUGGAAAGCUUAUGAAUGUAUUGGCGACCAUGUUGCACGAGACUUUUAUCCCACAGCCAUUAGCUGUAAGCAGAAGGAUCUGGUGCCAAGGAGCUGGUCGGGUUUGUUGUUGCUGUUUCCUCCUCCCCAGGGUCCUGUGAGCAAAGCUGGAGAGAGCACAGCAAAAUGUAGAAAGGAGGCUGCCCCUCCAUCUUGGCCUUGGAGACCCAUCUCACCCUUCCUUGAUGACCAGAGUCCAUGGCCCUAAGGGGAAAGGGGGCAAAUCAGCUCUUGAAGACUGAAUGUAAUGUAUGCCAUUUUUGGCCUGGCAGUUCAGCACAAUGUUCUGGGAGAAUCUCUUGUGCAAGCCCCAGAAUUGGGGAAGGGAGAGGUUGGGGUGGGAUUGUUGGGGGGAGGAUGUGGAGGUGCCAGAGCUGAUCCCAUUGGCCCUGUGCAGCUGUUGUAAUCUCUUGUAACUUGUAAGUACGUGACAAUGUACGAAGAUGUAAUAACAAUGACCGGUUAUUCCUUCUUGUGA